AUGUGGGGAUCGGUUCGUAUCGGUUUAUCCGGAUUGAAAAUUCCGUAUACGAGAGGAGGCUAUCCACGCCAAGGAUCAAACUGUUGUGCCUUCACUCACACUGCAACUUCCAGCUCAAGGCGUUUUUUCGGUUUUGGUUUCCCGAUCUUGAGCUCUGCGGUAAAAAUGGCGGAUUCAUCGUCACUACUGUACAAUCAGCUCAAGGUUGCUGAGCCGUUUUUCUUGUUGGCUGGUCCAAAUGUGAUCGAAUCUGAAGAGCAUGUGCUUCGAAUGGCUAAAAGCAUAAAAGACAUUGCGACAAAGCUUGGCUUGCCUCUGGUUUUCAAGUCAAGUUUCGAUAAAGCUAACAGAACUUCAUCAAAGUCCUUCCGAGGUCCUGGCAUAGCUGAGGGCUUGAAGAUUCUUGAGAAGGUGAAAGUAGCAUAUGAUAUACCAAUCGUAACCGAUGUGCAUGACUCGAGCCAGUGUGAAGCGGUUGGCAAGGUUGCAGAUAUAAUUCAGAUACCAGCAUUCUUAUGUCGCCAGACAGAUCUUCUGGUCGCAGCAGCUCAAACUGGCAAGAUUAUCAAUAUUAAGAAAGGACAAUUUUGUGCAUCUUCUGUCAUGGCAUAUUCGGCUGAGAAGAUUAGACUCGCAGGGAAUCCGAAUGUGAUGGUUUGUGAAAGAGGAACCAUGUUUGGAUACAAUGAUUUAAUAGUAGAUCCACGAAAUUUUGAAUGGAUGAGAGAAGCGAAUUGUCCUGUUGUUGCUGAUAUAACUCAUUCAUUACAACAACCUGCAGGCAAGAAGUUGGAUGGUGGGGGUGUUGCUAGUGGAGGCCUUCGCGAAUUAAUACCAUGCAUAGCAAGAACCGCCGUAGCUGUUGGUGUCGAUGGAAUUUUCAUGGAGGUGCAUGACGAUCCUUUAAGUGCACCAGUCGAUGGUCCAACACAAUGGCCUCUGCGUCAUCUAGAAGAACUGCUAGAAGAGCUCAUAGCAAUCGCGAGUGUCACAAAGGGAAAACAGCGGUUUCAAAUCGAUUUGACGCCUUAUCGUGAUUAG